GGUGGCCAGGGUGGGUAGGUCCCAGAAGCCGGGAGCGGAUCCCCACGCAGUGCUUGGACUCCUACGCGGUGCCCGAGGCUGGUUUCCCCUCCCGCCGCCCCUCCCCCUCCCCGCCCCUGGAGCCGCGGAGCGGCGACCCGAGCUCAGGGCUGGCGAUGGCGCGGGCGGCGGGCGCACGGGGCCGGGCUGCACGGUGCGGGCGCUGGCGGCGGGGCGCGCUCCUCGCCUUCGCCGCGUGGACCGCAGGCUGGGUGCUGGCAGCCGCGCUGCUGCUCCGCGCACACCCGAGCGUCCUCUCGGAGCGCUGCACGGACGAGAAGAGCCGGCGCAUCCUGGCUGCGCUGUGCCAGGACUACCGGGGUGGCUGGCUCACGGGAGCCUUGUGCGAGGACCUGUGUGUGGGCGGGGAGCUGCGGUACCAACGCUGCCUGUAUUACGAGCGUGGUAAGAAGGUGCUGCAGGCCCAGUGGCGCGGCCGGACUGUGGUCCUCAAAUCCAAGAGGGAGGCCUUCUCCAGUUUCCCGCCCCUCGCUCUACUGGAGGAGGAAGCAGGGCCAGGUGCCCCUGGCAUCCCUGAGGCUGAGCUGCUCCUGAUGGUGGCCGGUGAGGUCAAGAACACGCUAGGCUUGGAGCUGCCCAACAACAGCAUAGCCCCGCUGUGGCCUGCCAGGCAGGGCCCUGGCUGGCGGCAACAGCUGGCCAGUGCGUGGUCACUGCUCCAACAGGAAGAAUAUGUGUACUUCAGCCUGCUUCCAGAUCUGAGCCGCCACAUCCUACCGGUGCUGGGAUCCUGUGGUCACUUUUACGCAGUGGAGUACUUGGCUGCUGGUAGCCCUCACCACAAGGCUCUCUUCCCACUGGAUGAUGCUGGCCAAGCACAGGCUGUUAGCCACAUUGCCCUCAGCUUCCUGGACAUGGUGAGCCAUUUCGACAGUGACUUUUCCCACCGCCUCCACCUCUGUGAUGUCAAACCUGAGAACUUCGCCAUUAAGAGGGACUUCACGGUGGUAGCUAUUGACGUAGACAUGGCCUUUUUUGAGCCUAAAAUGAGGGAAAUCCUUGAGCAAAACUGCACAGGAGAUGAAGAUUGCAACUUCUUCGAUUGUUUCUCCAAGUGUGAUCUGCGAGUGAACAAGUGUGGAGCCCAGCGCGUCAACAGCAACCUGCAGGAGCCCGGCCAUCUCCCCCCAGCUUCGGCUGCAGCUACAGCGGGCCGUUCAGGAAUGUGCUCACCACGGGGGCUCCUCGGGGAAUUCCUGGACAGCCUCGUCCAGUGUGUACUGGAAGCUUCGAUGGCUCUUGCAGGCCACUCUGAAAGAACUGCAGGAGGCGGAGAAGUAGCCUCUCUCGCCUUUGUCAUCAAGAGUGGACAAAGGAAGCGACCUUCUAGGGACUCCCGCUGUAGUUGCUAUGCAAAUGAGCAGUCUGUCUGUCGGAGCCUCUGGGGCGCUCUUCUGAAGAGUGCAGCUGAACUCCCCUCCUGUGGCUGUGACUGGACCUCUCUUGCUGCUGCUCACUUUGGUUCAAUCUGGUUUCGUGGGGACUUCUGGCCUGUCACUCCCUCAGCAGGGACCAAAGGGAGGAGUUUCAUUAGAGUUCAUUCAGGAUGGAACCCUCUGAGGACUGUACACAUACCUUGCCAUUAGAGACAAGAGGCAGCUGCUCUUCCUUGAUAGCCACUAGCAAGCUAAAGCAUGGCUGUGGGCAUACAGAUGAAUAUGUUUGCGAAUAAUUGUGUGCAUAUGUGUGCACCCAUGAGAGUAUGAGUGGGUUUGUAUAUAUGAAUGUAGAUUGUAUAUACAUGAGUAUGUUGUGUGUAAAUACACAUGGGACUGUGUGUGUGAGUGGUAUUGCACAUGUUCUCAUAAUUAUGAGUGUUCCUGCACGAGUGCAUGCAUACACGUGUGUGUGUGUGUGUGUGUGUGUGUGUGUGUGUGUGUAUGCACACUCACAUGCCCAUGAACUGGUUAUUGUGCCUGUGAGUCCGUGCUCAUGGAUGAAUCAGUGUGAGUCCACCCAGAAGUGCAUGCAUGUGUACAUCCAGAGGUGCAUGCAUGUGUACAUCCAGAGGUGAGUAAGUGGGUGGGCACUGGGAGCCCGUGUGGACGGGCGGCUUUACAACAUGUCCCUAGGACUCUUGCCUAGCUGGCAAAGACACGUUAAUUUUUUUCUGGAAUGAAAUGCAAUAAAACGUUGUGUCCUUAGGGACAUGAUCUGCUUUGGGGAGUAUGUGGUGUGGCAGCUUUUAGUGCUUUUCAUUUUGUGGAAUUUUAGGGAGCACUUUCCCAUGCAUCGUCUCAGUGCAGUCUUCCUUUGGAGCGGGACCGAGUGUCUGUGGAAUGCAGUGUGUCUUACAGCGAUGGAGACAGUUCAUGUAAAGUGCUGGGAUGGGCUCUGACCACAGUCAGAACUGUGGAGCAGCUCAUCUCUGUGGACCGAUUGAAGACCCAGCCGCGGGCAUCGGACUACACUGUGGUGCCAUGUGCUCCUUGUGGACGUUUGUUCACCAUCUUCUCCAAUGGCAGACUUGCACGAAGCCAGCCAAACUACUUGGCUCCCCUACAGAAAGUGAAACCAGCAAGCCUGAUGCUCACUGUCUAGCUUCUGCUCAGAACAGGGACCAAAAACUCUACUAGUCUCAGGGAAGAGGACUCAAGAAUGAUGGGAUGUCUUGAAGAUUGGAAAGGGGUGCUAGUGGCUUACUAGGAGAAUAAAACAUUUGGAGUUUAAAACAUGCAUAGGAUGACAGAGCCUCAUCUUUUCUCUUCAUAUAAGACCUUUCUAACCCCAGAGAACUGCCCCUUUAACACCUGUGGAUGCACUUCUCAGGGCUGUGCACGCAGGCACAGUAAGUGCCUUACUCUGAGCAGUGGCACUAGGGCUUGGAGGAGAGUCAGCCGGAGGUCACACCAGUCCUGAAGGUCAGAGAUGUCUUUUUCCUGCCAUCCCCGUCCUCUCAUCCCACCCACCAGCACUUUGCCAGAUAAGGCUGACUUUCUUAAAGGCUUUCAUCCAUCCUGUACCAGAAGACUUGCAUUCUGUUUCUGUUCUUUGAUUGGAGCCUGUGCAGGUCACUCUGCCAGAAGUAAGCGAAAGCCCACGUAGGUGCCCCCUGUCUAGGCUAGCAGUGUCUCACAGCUAGUAACAUGGCCUGGCCUGGAGAGCAAGGCUCUCAUUUCCCAGGCCAGGGACAGAGGCAGCUGCUUCUCCUCAGGGCAGGUUCCACCGGGAGUGGAAGAGUCACCUGGAGGAAGGUGGAUGGUCUAGGAAGAAGGUGGGUAUGAAAUAGCCCGCAACUUUUCUGCCUCUGCACUGGGAGUCAAAUGACAGCCCUUCCUUAGGAGCCCCCAGGCUACUGACCAGCCGCAAACAAUUGUUUUGUUUACCAUGGAGACUGUGCAGUGAGUACAAGAUCAUCCAACACAGUAGCAUCCCUUUCUGCACGUUUUUUGGCUACCCAUUUACACACACACACAAACACACACUCACCCACUUACUCACUCACACACACACUCACACUCACACACAUUCACUCACACACACACACACUCACUCACACACACAUACACUCUCUUUGCCUAAGGAUUUAUUUUAAGACAGUGGUUCUUAAACUGUGGUGAAAUUCACUUUUUAAAAAUGUUUAAGCCUUUUUCAAAAUACUGCUUUUAUAUAAUAUAAUAAAUGGACAUGGUAUUAUCAGUA